AUGGACGAACCUGGCAUUACAUUGAGCACGAAAGGCAAAGCGUCCUUCAACUUCCACGAUGGCUACGAUGAUGUUGCCACACAAGAACUUGAAGAGCUUUUGCGACUCAGUCGAGAAAUGCUUGUUUCCAUGGAGACUGAGCUUACAAGACGCAAAAUCUCGGUCCUCGAAACGUUACCGGGGCCCGUCAAAACUUGUGUUUUACAGCGCUUAGAUGAUCCGGCAAACCUUGCCACGUCGGCGGCCCAGAUUUUGAAAAGCGAAACAACAGAUCGGAGAGAUAAGAUUUACAAAAGGUUCCUCCAGGAUGUCCUAGAACAGUGUGGUGGCGGGAUUGUGGUUCUCUGCUCAUCGAGUCUUGGAAAGAGAAGAAUCGUGGAACUGAAGAAUAUGGAACGAAUCUCGUUGUUGGGAUAUCUCAAGAGCAACCGCAAUACCUUCGAACACGCCAUUUUAGAUGAUGCAGCCCUGACGCUCGGCAUUACAUGUGCAACGCAAUGUAGCAUGAGUGAGCCGCAUAGACCUGAGGACGGAUUGGACGCUACUCUACCGACUGCCAACCCUGUUUCUAUUGAAAGACGUGAGCAACAUGGCCCCUUCGGCGAUGGCAGCUUGGCUGACUCAAAAAUAGAGAUUGAGUACAAGUACUCUGAAGCACACAUUGAUGCAAUUACCGUGUUAGGUCCCGACCUUGCCUCCGCUCUCCAAGCAAGCAAGCAACGGGCUUAUAUAAGCUAG